UUCAUUCAUCCUACGCGGGUGUCUAUAGGGUUGGCAUUCUUGAGAGGCUUCACUUGUGCCGUACUUGACCUUUUCGCAAACAAGGCAUUCGGCCUGGCUUUCUUCUUCCAAUUGCGUCGCAGCAUCCAUCUGUCGCAUCUUCUGUCAAGAGCACACGACAGUUCACUCCUGGGCAUCCCCCCAGCUCUCUCGAAUACCGCUGACACAAUCACGACAUCUCUUUUGAAGACACUCCUAUCUCAAUAAGAAGCUGUUGAUAUGGCACAGAAAGCAAAGAAAGAUCGGGCGAAAGCCAACAUCAGCACUCUCAACAACCUCCACAUUGGAAGCCUCUCCUUCAACGCGCUCUUCAUCCUCUUCAACUUGGUUUUCAAGCGCCGCUCGAUCUUGUCCUACGUCCUCCUCUCGAUUCCCUCUCUGAUCGCUGAGUACAUUCUUGAGACGACCGGCAGGCCCAAGUUCGACCCCGCCACCAAAGCUUUGAAGAGUUCGGGAGAAGACCUCGCAGCGCCGGGGUUGACAGAAUAUAUGUUCGACGUUAUUUGGGUUACAUGGUUCUCUCUGAUCUCCGUGAUGAUAUUUGGGAACUGGGGUUGGAUCGUUUGGAGUGUCGUGCCGAUUUAUGGUGCUUAUAAGGGGUAUGGAUUGUUGGGCAUGGCCAAGGGAAUGAUGGGUGGUGCCCCAACGGGCCAGAUGCCGGAAGAGCAAAAGGUAGCAGGAAAUAGAAAGCAGAGGAGAGCUGCGUGAGGAGUCCAGGGUCAAUGUGGGACAUUCAAACAAAUUCCUGGUCCAUGCUUGCCAGCCUUGCCAAGUCCACUUCAGAUUCGCAGCACUGGAUGGCAG